UAAAGCCAGGGUGUAUACUGACACUCAUUUGUCAAAGGCCAUUAAAAGAAAGGAACACUUGAGUGCAACGAUGAACUCUGCACAGACAAACCCGAUGAACAGACUGGAGGAGCUGGAAUGUCACUUCACUUGGAAGCUGGAUGCCAGCCGGUACAAGCUGCUAUGUAUCAGAGAUCACCUGAAGGACAUGGGGAGCGACAUGAGCUAUCCAUGGCAGGGACAGAAGUAUAACCUGUUGGCUUAUAUACACUACACAUUGGGCUCCAAAGAUAAUGCCCUGCAGUGCCUCAACAAGGCAGAGAAAGCCUUUCACCAAAGCAGUCCUUGCGAAACAACAGGGCCUUGGAUGCUAGCCACCUAUGGCAACUUAGCCUGGGUGUACUAUCACCUGGACAACCAGGAAGAGAGCCAGGGGUACAUAAAGAAGAUUGAGGAACUGCAACGGGACUACCCCUCACCGUUCCAGGGGGAACAGCAUCCUGAGUGCACAUUUAUCACGCAAUGAAGCUAUUGAUCUUGCAG